AUGGCUCGUACUAAGCAAACAGCUCGUAAAUCAACUGGUGGUAAGGCCCCUCGUAAGCAAUUAGCUACCAAGGCCGCUCGUAAGUCUGCCCCCUCUACUGGUGGUGUUAAGAAGCCUCACAGAUACAGACCCGGUACUGUCGCUCUUCGUGAAAUCCGUCGUUAUCAAAAGUCUACUGAACUCUUGAUUCGUAAGCUUCCUUUCCAGCGUCUUGUUCGUGAAAUUGCUCAAGAUUUCAAGACUGAUUUGCGUUUCCAAUCUUCUGCCAUUGGUGCUCUUCAAGAAGCCUCUGAAGCCUAUUUGGUUUCUCUCUUUGAAGAUACUAACUUGGCUGCCAUUCAUGCUAAGCGUGUUACUAUUCAACCUAAGGAUAUUCAAUUAGCUCGUCGUCUUCGUGGUGAACGUUCUUAA